GGUCAAUCUGGGGAAAUUUCAUAUCGGUGAAGAUUGCACCAAAAAUGGUGCUGGCACCAUGAAUAUUACAGUCGACCAGACAAUCGCGCGCAAGGAAACUUAUCAAAAUAAUCAUUAUAAAAACAUCUCCUGACCGUUCUAAUGUGUUUCUAUUACAAAUUAAAACUUAACUGAAUUUUUUAUUCUCAUAUUCAAGCAAUGCGCACACCUACCACCGUGGACGAUCUGUCAUUUUGCGGAUUCUAAUGUUCAUGGGUGCUUCACCGACACGUGACUAAUUUGAACACCAACACUAUUUGUGUUUCUUUCGUGUAUCUGCUCGUUCAGUUUAUCUUUCUUUUUCUACGUAGUGACGUAGCGGAGUUGUUAAUUAUUGUCAAAAUGUUAAGAUAAUGACAGUGACAUUUGACACGACAAUGUAUUGAUAAAUAUGUCUCACAAUUAUAGGGGUCAAUUUUUACAAAUUCUUCCCGUCUAGUCCAUUGAUAAGCGACAUGUCACACGGUACGAUAAAAAUGAAUCCAAGUAGUGGAAUGUGUGAAAGUUUGAUAACUUGGUUCCAAAGUAUAGUGCCAAGUAGAGCUCGAAAUAUUGAAGAAAUAUGUGAUGGGGUUGCAAUGUUAGAAGCUUUAAUACAAAUAGCACCGGUCCACUUUAGCAAAUUAGAACCAAAAAUAAAGCGAGAUGUUAGUUCAAGUUGGAGGCUGCGUGUCAGUAAUUUAAAGAAAAUUUUUGAAGCUAUUAGUGAAUAUUAUCAGGACGUCCUCACCCUCCAACUGCUUGAAGAUGGGCGACCUGAUGUGACUGAAAUUGGGGCCAACAAUGAUCCUGUGCAAUUAUCCAAGCUUUUACGGUUAAUUUUAGGAUGUGCAAUAAACUGCGAGAGAAAGCAAGAAUACAUCACCAAAAUAAUGGACAUGGAAGAAUCAGUGCAACAAAACAUAAAACAAGCAAUUGAACAGCUCGACUUAGUGACUGGGGGCCGUUCUGGCAGUCUUUUAAUCCUCGACAGUGACACCAGAGUGUCCCAGCUAGUCGGCGAACUCGAGGUUGCAAACGAAGCUAAAGAGACCUUGAGUCAACAGUGCCAACAAAUGGAGACCCAGCUCCACAACCUCCUGGAAGAAAACCAAGCCUUACUUGCCGAAAACCAGGCCCUUAAAGACAAAGAAAGCAAAGGUUCCGACCUCCGAAAACAGAACGAAGAGCUCAAGGAGGAACUUUUCAAAGCCGAAGUGAUGCGAGACGACUUCAAAGCGAAAAUCACCGAACAACAAAAACAGAUCAAAGCCAAUCAGGAAAAAAUCGCCGAACUACAACUAGCCGCAAACGACACUUCCCGCCUGAAAGACGAAGUGGACGCUCUGUCGGAAUCCGCCGCCAAGGUCCAAGUCCUUGAAGCAAACCUCGCAUCGUACAAGAAAAAACUCGAAAAGUACGCCGACGCCAAGAAAACGCUCCAGAAACUGGAAGAGAAGAACAUGGAAUACCUGCAGAAAAUCCUCCAACACGAGGAGGAACUGGCGAAAGUGACCAGCUGGAAAAGCCAGUGCGAAACCUACAAGAAACAACUCAUGGAAAUGGAGCAGAAACUGGACGAGGAGACGCAACGCGCCGACAAAGCCCAGUUCAACUGCGAGAAGCUUGAGAACAAGUUGGUCGCUCUCCAGGGUGAAAGAGAGCGGAUAAUCCAAGAACGGGACGUCCUGCGUGAGGAAAUGGACGAGCUGAAGCUGGGCCACCCGAAGAAGGAGGCGGGAGCAGCCAUGGCACAGGAACUCACCCCAACUGAAAUGAAAGAACGGCUCCGGUUCUUAGAAAAAGAGAAUAAGACACUCCGGACGUCUCUGCAAGAGCACGAAGCGAACCAAGCCCUUCUCGAGAGCGCCCUAGCCAGGGUUGAGAAACUGCAACAACAGAAGCGGUCAGCCAACCAGACCGUUCUGAAGCUGGAAGCGCAGCUCGAAGAGCUGAAGAAUAAAGUGGCGAGUGAUGAGCCACAACACGCCGAUAGUUUAGUGAAGGAGUACAAGCAGAAAAUUGCGACGUUACAAGAGGCUUUGACGGUGAAAGAAAGCGAGCUUCAGACGGCGCAAGCCAAGUACACCAGGAAUCUGGAGAAGGCGAGGGAAGUGGCACAACAACUGGAGCCGAAAAGUAACGGCGGAAUUGAUUCUUUGAAUAACACAAGGCAUAUGAAGGAGAUGGAAGAGCGACUGAUGGCUGCGGCGUUUUAUAAGCUGGGAAUGACCUGCCACAGGGAGGCCAUUGACGAGAGGUUGGCCGUUUUGAGCGCCGGCCAAGGACAGUCGUUUCUGGCGAGGCAAAGGCAACCAACGCCCAGGAAACAAAUCCAGAGGUUUAAGUCAAAAUAACGUAAUUUACGUUGUACUAUUUAUCAAUCUGCUAUAUUUUAAUCAGUAUUUUAAUAUAUUGUUUAUCGUAUUGAAAUACAUUUGUUGAAAAAG